AUGGGUGAUAAUGAGAGUGGAGAACCGGCAGGUCUGAUGUCAGGUGCAUCUUCUGGACAACUACAUCUAAAUACCAUAGUUUCUUUAUGGUAUUCACCUCUUAUUUCAGGCCCAUUCUGGAUUUGCACAACUCUGGCCUUUACUACAGCCAUUACUGGUAACCUUGCAAAUUAUUUGGCUGCUUCACCAGCAGAGACAUAUAUCUGGAGAUAUGAGUUUCGUAAAGUUACAUUAGCUGCUUCUGCUAUAUUUGCAUAUGCUUGGUUGAUACCAAUUGCUGUAUGGGGUCUGCUGGUGUGGCGAGGAUCACGGGCAAAGAUAUCACUUCUUGAACUGCUUUGUAUCUAUGGCUACUCUCUUGCCAUCUUCAUACCAGUAUCGGUAAGUGCCUGAAGAUAUCGUAUUUGA